UGCAAGGACUUUGUUUGGGUGGCUAUCGGGUUGCCAGGACAACGGGCCAAUGAGCGGCAUUCCAAUGCAAAACAAAAAGCCGAAAAAUUGUGUGGCCGCAAAGGAAUUUCAGUGAGUGUCGAGCAGUAGCCUUGCAGUGGUUGGUUGCCCAAAGUAAGAGCUGACCUCUGAACCAUGAAGUGAACUCAGCAAAAGCCAAGAGAGAGCGUGGCUGCAGAGAGAGGGUAAGAGACAUGAUUACGGGUCCGGAAGCGAGGCAAACGCAUAGGUUGUUGGACUUGAAGAAGCAGCAAUGGGCCAAGGAGAGAGAGGAAAUUGCACGCAUGGAUGAGAUGUACCAUCAUCAUCAGCAGCACACGUCGCACCACAAGAUUGAACGCACUUCGAUACGCACUUACUACUCGAACUUGGAUCUCAGUCAGACAUCGACCUCCAAUCAGACAUCCAGUCAGUCGAGGCGACGAUUGCCAGCACCACAGCCCUCGCAGCAGCAGGAUAUGCAAUUGAUCCUGCGACAGGCACAGGCACCACCAGCUGUGGCACAGGAGUAUCGCCAUGUGGGCGGUUAUCUGAAUCAAUUGGAGCGCUAUAUCGAGGAUCUGGAUGUGGAUGCCGAUGCAGACUUUGAGGACGAUGAGGAGUCGCUGUACAGGCGCACGCGGCGUGGCAGCUAUGCACCGGGCAUGACCAACAGCACGCGACAGAUGCAAAUGGCACCGGCACGCUAUGUGGAAAUGAUGCCACCCACCUCCAUGCAGACGGCCAAGGGAAGGAUGCAGCACUCGCAGCAGGGGCAGCAGCAGCAGCAGGGAUACCAGCAGCAGGCAGGAGGAUAUAUGCAACAGCAACGUUUGAGGAGUCCCAGUUUGCCUUCCAUUCGCAGGCAGAGGGUGAGGCAUCAGGAAAAGGCGGCCAAUCAACCUGGCAACAACAAUAACCUGCCGAAUGGCAAACCAAAUGACAUUGAUCCUGGCAACCAGCAAGCAGGACAUGCACAUCGAUUAAACAACAACAAUCACACAGGAGCGGCUCCAGCGCCGCAGGAGGAGGACACCUCGGGGUAUCUGAGCGACAAUACACCACCCAAGAACAACAACAACAAUGGCAACAACAACAACAACAACACACACACGCCCGACAUUUGGUUCAACGAUGGAGCCAGCCAGAUUGAGAGCAUUAGUGGGUUGGGCAGUGCCAGUGUCGUGGAGGAGCGUGAAACCAUUCCCCUGGGAAUGGCUGUGGCUGGGGGUCGUCGUCUACGUCGAUCGAUACAGGGUGGAGGACUGGCAGCAGCAGCAGGAGGAGGAGGAGCAGCAGCAGUGCCACUGCUGCCCAUUGGCGGGGGAGUUGGUGGGGUGGCAAAGGGGAAUGCAUAUGUCAUCAAGGAACGACGACGUGUGGCAGGACAGGGAUACGAGCCGCUGGCAAACGAUGGCUACCUGGCCGAUGGCUGCUGCUACAUGGCGGCGCCACCCAGCUCCUCCAACAUGAGCAUCAGUCGGGAUGUGUCCACCUCCAAUACGUACCAAGUGCAGGUGCAGGGCGGCGGCGACUACUACAUACACGAGCAGCACGAACAGCACGAGCGAGAGCGGGAGCGUGCCCGCUGGGCCAAUCAGCAGCAGCAGCAGCAGACGAUGCAGAUGAUGCCACCGCCGCCUGGCUGGCUGAAUCGUGGCAUACACGACCUCAAGGAUGGCAGCGAGGACGAUGUGCAGUCGAUGCAGUCAUCCUCCACAUAUUUGAGGGGACAGAAUGCACCACUGGAUGCACAAACGCUGGCCGAGCGCAUGGACAAGCGGCGGAAGGCCUCGGAGUACCACAAUGCCAUCAAGAAGCAGCUCCAUGAGCGGGAGAUGAUCAGGAAAUGGGAACUGGAGCGCCAGCGGCAGGAGGAGCAGCUCGAAGAGGAGCGUCUGAGGCGGCAGAAGCAAAUGGAUCAGGAGCGGGUGGAGUACGAGCGGCGGCAGCUGCUGGAGCGGGAGGAGGCGCAGCAGAAGAAGCAGCAGGCGAUGCUGGAUGCCAUAGCCAAGGCAGAGGUGGCAGCCCAAAUGGAGAAGCAACAGAAGCGCAAGAAGCCACAGCAAAGGGGGCAAAAGGAGGGACAGGACGAGGCAGAACUGCUGCGAGUGCAGUCAGUGGAGGAGGAGGAGGAAGAGGAGGAGGCAUCCCAUACGCCACGUGGGGCCCCUCCUGUCGUUGCCGAAGAGAAAGUGCUGAUUGGAACGCCCAUCAAUCUGCGACGAACCAUCACGAAACCCAUCAAGCAACCCUCGGGCGGGGAGCAGGAAAAGGAUAAUCUGGCACUGCUGAUGCAGCCGGCCACCCUGAUCCCACUGCCCGUGACAACGGACAUUUUUGGGCUUCAGAAUGCCAUUGGGAAUCUGCAGAUUGCCACGUACUUGAUGCAACCUCCGCAGCAGCUGCACAUGCAGAUGCCCAUGCAGAUGCCACCCUCGGCUGCCUCCUCUUCGGUGGUGGAGCAGACAUACUCGAAGGCCACAAUGACCCAAAGGACGGAUACGUCCAUCUACACGGAGGAUGGCUAUCAGGCGGAAAAGGAGGAGGAAGAGGAGCCCGAAGAGGAGGAGACUCUAACGACAGCUCGUUCGGGUCUUAUCACGGGUGCCAGUGGCGGUUGCUUCUCCCCCGACUCGCUGGAAGUGGAUGUGGCACCCAGCGAUAAGUUGGCACUCAUUCCGCUACCCCAGCGACUGGCAGGAGGAGGAGCAGAAGACGCAAGGGAAACAGAAUCUGCAGCAGCUGAAAGACUCAACAGCGAUGUGGAGACCCAAACGGAGUUGCCUCUGAACUGUGAUCUGUGCCUGUUCCACGACAACUUCUACAAGGUGCUGCUGAAGCGCGAGGUGUCCACCACAACCACCACACAGACAUCCAAGACGCAGACGCAGUCCCCCAAGGAAGCUUCGGCAGCGGCAGAGGCAGCCAAAGAUCACGAGACGACAACCACAACAACUACCACAACUACGACCACAUUCAAGGCCAAGAGCAAGGACAAGGACAAGGACAAGUGCCUCAAGAAGAACCACAACAGCAAGGACAAGGACAAGAUGGACGAUCGCCCCAAAUGGGGUGUGAAUCGUCCCAUCGUUCAGUAUGUUAAAGCCAGCGAUCGGGAUCCAUUUUGUCUGCGCAAAAAGAAGAAUCAACAUCCGGCCACAGCCACAGGCACAGCGGGCAAGCCACCGCGUUCCCUCUCCAUGGACUCGCGACUGGAUUCGGUGGCUGUCGAUCAGCUGCUGGAUGCCUCUUCCACCAUGGAUCAGCAGGCGGAUGGGGAGGAUGAAGAGGGUUUCCUGCUGAAGGCGCGCAAUGUCUGCACGGAGAUACUGCCCAUCAAGACGGAUGAAAAGGGUCGCAUUUUCCUCAAUUUUCGCGAGGCCAGUGCCAUAAUGAACGAGGACGAGAUCAAGGAUAAACUAAGGCAAAAGUAUUUCAAUUUUGGCAGGAUUCUGCCGCGUCGCAGCUGGGCAUCGGCCACACACAAUGGGCUGCCCUUCAGUGCGGCAGCCGUGGCAGUGGCAACACCAGCAGUACUGCCUCUGCCACUCCCACUGGUGCCCACCCUGGUGGGGGAUAUGGCAGAUGAUUGAGGAAAGGAUCUGCUAGGAUGGCUACUAACAUUUUCAUACCAUUUGUAGUCCCUUGAAAGACACUCCCCCCAGACUGUAAACCCCAAAAAAGAAAACCUA